AUGAAGAAAAAACCAAAUUAUUGGAAAUCUACCCACUUUGCUGCCUCUGUCUAAUAUCUAAAUUUCAUUAUAGAAUGUAUUAUCUUUCCACUUGCUUUGAUUCUAUAUAUCAAUCACUAUAAAAUGGAUAGAAAUCUUUAUGAUGAUUGGGAAUAUAAACCAAUUAUUGAAAUUCAAAAAUUUAAGGGUUAAUAAUGUCCAGCUGAUUUGGAAACAUUCUUUGCCUAUAAUUAUCCAGAAACACCAAGUGGUAUUUUAUACAUCACUUAUAUAAUUAGGAUGUGAUUGUGGGUUUGGAGAAGAAGGAUAAGAUGGAGAAAUUGAUUAAGAAAAACUCAGAAAUGAACAUUGUUAAGAAUCUGAUCUUGAUGAAGGUUGUGUAGAAGUUAAUCCUAUCAAUUCUUAAAAUUUUUACUUUUGGAAAGGAUAUUCCAUUUGUGGCAGAAGAUCUGAAUAUACAUAUAGAGAAUUAUUUUAUGAAAGAAAUUGUACUGGUAUAUGUAAUGGGGUUUGUUAGACAAAAGAUUAAUAAAAUAUUUGUGGAAAUUAUGAAGAUCUAACUUCUAAAGAAAACCUUACUCAAUCUUAUUCUAAUUUUACUUUAAAUUAUGGAAUUGAUGUUUGUUAUGAGGAUGGAGAAUUACUUAAACAACAUCCACUUUUACAAUUAGCCUACAAUUGUAAUAUACAAUCAACAGAAUAUGCUUUCAUUGAUGAAUUCGAUUAAUAUCAAUUAUUUGAAGAAAAUGAAUAUCCUUAUGAAAGUUUGCCUGGAUUAGAGUAUUAUAAAGAAAUACCUAAAUUUGGACUUUUUGGAGAAAAAUUCACGGAAUAUAAUUGUACUCUUAAAUAGAUUGAUGUUUCUAAUUAAAGAGACAAUUAUAUUUAAGUUGUAUUUCUAGUUGCACUAAUAAUGGCAGGUAAUUAUUAUUAUACAUUUAAAGGUUGUUUGAUGGGAUUUGGAGCCAUAUUUCAUUCUGCAAUCAUAUAAAAUUUAACUAGAAAAGGAAUUUUCAAACAUAAAAUAUAUAAAGUUACCUGGAAAUUCUAUUGCCCUACUACAUUCCUUAUACUUUUACAUAUGGCACAUUUAGCUAUUGUUGGUACUAAAUUAGGAUUCUUAGCUCAUUUUAGAAAUUCUAUGCAUUCAUUUAUUGAAAAUGUAUUAAUAAACAUUUUUAUUAUUAUUAAGAAAUGCACAGAUUGGUCAAAUAUUAUGGAUCUUACUUUUAUGAGAGAUAUUAUUGACAUAGAGUUAAUGCCACUUUGUAUUCCUGAAUUAAUAUUAACAUUUGCUGCAAUGAUAUUAGAAAUUUUAUAGUUGUGUUUAUUUGAUAGAAGAAUACCUGAAAGCAUAGCAUCUCCUAAUCUUAAAGGUAGAGAGAGUCCUUCUAAAUCAAAUAAUUUUAUUUUGAAUUUUGGAUUUGAUAAAGAAGAAAAUAUGGAAAAACAUGUUUUAGAUACUGAAAAUAUUAGAAUUAAUAGAAAAAAUGUAAUUUAAUUUAUUUAAUUUAGGAACAAUUAAAAUUAUAUAAUGAAUGA